AAAAACAAAAAAAAAAAAAAAAAAAAGAAAAAAAAAAAAGAAAGGGGCAAUGGCAGGCAGGGGUAAACGUAAGAGAAAUCCAUUAGUAUUGAAACUUUAGAUCUCCGAAAAUUGCAGACUGAUCAAUAUUUGUUGUUUGCUAGUCUAUCAUUUCUGCAUUAAUCUCUUCUUUGACAGAAAAAUGUUGGAGAAGAUAGGUUUACCUCUAAAACCCUUAUCACGAGGUCAUAAUUGGGUUGUUGAUGCUCCUCACUGUCAAUCUUGCUCUUCUCAGUUCACCUUUAUCAAUCGGAAGCAUCAUUGUCGAAGGUGUGGAGGAAUUUUUUGUAACAGUUGUUCUCAACACAGAAUGGUGUUGCGGGGACAAGGCGAAUCCCUGGUUCGUAUAUGUGAAGCUUGCAAGGAAUUAGAAGAGGCUUCUCGCCUUGAGCAGCGAUACGGAUAUAAGAAUCGAACUGGUAAAGGGUCCUCAAAAGCUGCAUCCAGGAGUGUGGAUGAAGUUCUCAAUGAUAUCUUGGUGACUGAUGGUAAAGAAUCUGCUCGUAUGGGAUCCGGUAAAGAAAUUGCUUGCCAAGAUGAGGGUGCAGACAUGUUUGGGUCUGUGUCUGAUGAAAAUAAUAAUGAGAUGGAUUCUUUUACUCCAGAGGAACUGCGCCAACAAGCUUUGGAUGAGAAGAACAAAUAUAAGAUCCUUAAGGAAGAAGGAAAAUUCGCAGAAUCUCUAAAAGCAUUUAAGAGAUCUAGGGAACUUGAACGACAAGCGGCUGCUCUGGAACUCCAAUUGAGGAAGAAUAGGAAAAAGGCUCUGGCUUCUAAAAGCUCGGCUGAGACACUGAAAGAUCAAGGCACAUCUCUUUAUUUAGGUACUAGAGACAAGUCCUUAAAGGUCAAGCAAAAUGAUGAUCUCACAGCAGAACUCAAAGAACUUGGAUGGUCUGAUAUGGAUAUCAAUGAUACAAGUAAAAAACCAGUUCCAACAAGCUUAGAAGGUGAACUUCUCAAUCUAAUCCAGGAUUCUGGUGAAAGUAGCCGCCGUAAAGUGUCUACAAGUUUAGACAAGACUGAAGUUUUUGCUUUGAAGAAACGGGCUCUCUUGCUUAAGCGUGAGGGAAAACUUGCUGAAGCCAAGGAAGAGCUAAAGAGAGCAAAAAUUUUUGAGAGGCAACUCGAGGAACAGGAAUUUUUGGCUGAUGCUGAGGACUCUGAUGAUGAGCUGUCUGCUUUGAUUCGUAGUUUGGAUAAUGAUGAGAAAAAAGAUUUUUCUGCUGGGUUUAGUUUGGAUUCUGCAUUUGACCUGGACAAUUUCUCUGCCUUUAGUAGUGAUCUUGGUGUUGAUGGAAAUUUUGAGGCUACAGAAGAAGAUCUGCAUGACCCAGAAAUGGCUGCUGCCUUGCAAUUGCUAGGUUGGACCGAGGAGCCUGAUCGUUUCGAGGACAUUGUAACUCAAUCCUCUCCUGUUAAUAGAGAAGUAUAUUCAGAUGAGAUCCUCAAAUUAAAGAAAGAAGCUGUAAAUCAGAAAAGAUCUGGAAACAUGGCAGAGGCAAUGUCUCUGCUUAAGAGAGCCAAAGCUCUAGAAAAGGACCUUGAAAAGUUUAAUGAAACGGAACCUAAAUCAGCUGGACCACAUUCUAGAACUUUUGACGUAGUGCCCAAUAUCGAAAGAAAAGCUCCAGUGAAGAGUAGAUAUAUUAUUCAGAAGGAGCUUCUUGCACUGAAAAAGAAAGCUCUUGCUUUACGAAGGGAAGGGAAACUGGAGGAGGCUAAUAAUGAACUCAUUAAAGGAAAAGCCCUUGAGCAGCAACUGGAGGAGAUGGAUAAUCCUUCUGGGGUUGUGGACACUUAUUCAAAUAGCGGGUAUGAAGUUUCAGAGCCAUUAAUUGAGCCCCUUGAUUUGUCUUCUACUCUUGCUCUCGAAGAUGAACAAGGAGAUGUCACAGAUCAAGAUCUGCAUGAUCCGGCAUAUCUUUCGCUUCUCAAGAACUUGGGCUGGCAGGAUGAAGAUGAUGUUAUUGGGACGAACUCUGCGGCGUCUAACGAAAACACUUCUAUUUCAGUUGUGAAGCGAAGAAGUAAAGCCGAGAUUCAAAGAGAUCUUUUAGGUUUGAAGAGGAAAGCUCUGGGUCUCAGACGUCAAGGACAGGAGACUGAGGCUGAUGAGGUGCUUCAAAAUGCGAAGAUAUUGGAGGAAGAGUUGGCUGAACUGGAAGCACCAAAGGUAGAGAUACCGGCUUUUAUCUCCGAAUCCAAGGUUGAAAUUGAAGCUGCAAUACCCGGAAAUCCACCUGAAAAUAUCGAGCUUGUGGAAAAAGGAACUCACCAAACACCUCUCAAGAGACCCGUAGAAGUCCAUGAUGCCUCGGAAAAACGUCAAUUGGUCCAGGUUCCUAUUCAUUCAGCUAACCUUUCUUCAGGUGUUUCUCCGGAUAACCAAAAAAGUCCAAUCCAACAAGAAAUUCUUUCUCACAAAAGGAAUGCACUUGCUUUGAAGAAAGAGGGAAAACUAGCGGAAGCCAAAGAGGAGCUUAGAAAAGCGAAGUUGUUGGAAAGAAAUUUGGAGGAGUCCACUGGUCCUGUAUUCGUGGAACCUUCAUCUGCCAUUGUGUCAUCGUCUGCCAGAGAGGAGGAUAGCCUGUCUACCAGUUCCACCUUACCCGAGGAGCAGGCUCCUAAUGCGAGCCCUUCAAAACCAUUGUCCAGCAGUGAACGUUUAAAAUUGCAGCGAGCAUGUCUUAAUCACAAACGGAAUGCUUUGAAGCUACGUAGAGAAGGUAAAACCAAAGAAGCAGAUACUGAACUUGAAUCGGCCAAGAAAAUUGAAUCAAAGCUCGAGGAAGCUAGUCCUGCUAACCAUGCUGCUACAUCAAGUGAUGUAGGAUCAACUGAUGAUGCAAUUGUUGAGGAUCUUUUUGACCCUCAGCUCAUAUCGGCCCUCAAGGCAAUCGGUUUGCAAGAUGAAGUUGUCCAUCAAACCCCAGUAAAGACAGAACAACCGAUAUCCAAGGUAGAGCAAACAACAUUUAUUGUAAGCAGGAAUGAGAAUUCCAAUCAAGAGAGAACUCGAUUAGAAGUGCAAAUCAAGGCUGAAAAAACGAAGGCCCUAACUCUGAAACGCUCUGGAAAGCAAGCAGAGGCGUUGGAUGCCCUUCGUCGAGCCAAACAAAUGGAAAAGAAGCUUAACUCACUGCCUUCAUAAUAAUAAUUAUGUUCAUGAUGGAUUUCACUUAUAUUCUUGAGAAUAAACAGCAUAAAAGUUUGCCUAAUUUUACGGAAACAUGUCAAUUCUACUUGAGUUGGAUGAAGACUAGUGUAAAGCUAAAUUGUUUUUAGGAUAUUAUCAAUGAUAACCCUGUGUUAUUGCACUCUAUCUUUGGUAUCCCGUGUUUUUCAUAAUUCCAAUGGUACUCCAAACUAUCUUGCUAAUUACAAACGUGAUACUUUUUAAGUUUUUUCCAUUAAGUGGCCGUUAAUUUUUAUAAAAAAUCAACCAUGGUUAGCUUCUUCUUCUUCCCUUUUUCCUCUUCUCUUUCUUCUCUCCUUCCAUAGCUGCUUCUUCAAGGUUUAUUACUUUCACAGCCCAUGCUCAAUUACCACUAUCGAAAUAAUUCCUAAUCUAAACUUCUAUUGUAAAUCAUCAUUCAU